UCUUCUUUGUCUCUUGCCCUCCAUCCUUGUGCUCUGAGAGCUCUUUUUCUACACCAUGGACUUGUAGUUGUCAAUAUGUUGUAUCAUCUCAGGGAAUCAUGAGCCUUAACUCUCAUAAUCUCCAUUUGUGGUGGAGAGUUUCAUCCUUUCUUCUUCUACUACUUCAAUCUGUUGCUCUUAACUCUGAUGGGGUUCUAUUACUUAAAUUCAAAUACUCCAUCCUCAGCGACCCACUAUCAGUCUUAGAGAGUUGGAACUUCGAUGAUGCAACUCCAUGUUCGUGGCAUGGAGUUACAUGCACUGAAAUUGAAGACCCUGGUACCCCUGACUUGUUCAGAGUGACUAGCUUGGUUCUUCCAAACAGCCAGCUUCUGGGUUCCAUUGCUGAAGAAUUAGGGAUGAUCCAAUACCUUAGCCAUCUUGAUCUCUCCAACAAUUUAUUCAACGGCUCUCUACCUAUCUCUAUCUUCAACUAUUCUCAGCUUCAAGUGCUUUCUCUCUCAAACAAUGUUAUCUCAGGCAAGCUACCUAACUUGAUUGGUAAAUUGACAAGCCUUCAAUUUUUCAACCUCUCUGACAAUGCCUUUGCCGGGUUGAUCCCAGAAAAUCUCACUGCUUUACAAAAUCUAACUGUUGUUUCUCUGAAGAGUAACUAUUUUUCUGGUGGAAUCCCAAAUGGGUUCAACUCUGUUGAGAUUUUGGAUCUGUCCUCCAAUUUGCUCAAUGGCUCUCUCCCAAAUGACUUUGGUGGUGAAAGCUUGCGCUAUUUGAAUGUCUCUUACAAUAAGAUUUCAGGAACGAUACCACCAGCAUUUGCAGAAAAGAUUCCUAGAAACACUACAAUUGAUCUCUCAUUCAAUAAUCUGACAGGGCCAAUACCAGAGUCUCUGGCUUUGUUGAACCUUAAAACAGAAUUGCUAUCUGGGAAUGCUGAUCUAUGCGGCAAGCCCCUGAAGAUUCUGUGCUCUAUUCCCUCUACUAUGUCUACUUCUCCACCCAACAUUACCAACACAUCUUCACCAGCAAUUGCAGCCAUUCCAAAAACUAUUGACACAAACCCAACAACAAACACAACAGGCAGCUCCAGUGAUUCUCAGGGUGUGUCACAAAGUGGUCUAAAACCUGCUACCAUAGCAGCCAUCGUGGUAGGAGACUUGGUCGGCGUGGCCGUUUUGGCUCUGUUCAUUCUUUUCGUCUACCAACAAAGAAAGAGAAGAGAUCCAAAACCAACCAUGGAUGCUGCUGCUGCUGUUGCUGUUACUACCAACUCAGAAAAGAAAGAAGAAACGGUUGCAAAACAAGACCCGACUGUGAGAACACCCUCACUUCCUUGUUCAUCAUGCUUAACAAUCAAAGAAGAGACUUCAGAAGCAACAAGCUCUGACAGUGACCAUGAAAACACCACCGUUGAAAUCACGGCACAAACAGGAAACUUUCCGAAAGAAGGAACUCUUGUAACCGUGGACGGCGAGACAAGGCUGGAGUUGGAGACUUUGCUGAAGGCUUCAGCGUAUAUUUUAGGAAACAGCAACGCGAGCAUCGUGUACAAGGCAGUGCUUGAAGAUGGGAGAGCCUUUGCUGUUAGAAGGGUUGGUGAGUGUGGGAUUGAAAGGAUGAAGGACUUUGAGAACCAAGUGCGUUCCAUUGCAAAACUUCGCCAUCCCAAUUUGGUUAAGGUUCGUGCUUUCUGUUGGGGUCAUGAUGAGAAGCUUGUAAUCUCUGACUAUGUUCCCAAUGGAAACCUCGCUAGCAUUGGUUGCAGUUCAUCAUCUCCUUUUAACUUGGCAUUGGAGGUGCGGUUGAAGAUAGCAAAAGGGGUUGCACGAGGCCUGGCCUUCAUUCAUGACAAGAAACACGUGCAUGGCAACGUUAAACCAAGCAACAUCCUAUUAAACUCAGAAAUGGAACCCAUUAUCAGCGAUUUUGGGCUGGACCGGCUCCUCUUGAAUGACAUAAACCAGAGAGCAAACGGUUCAGCCAGACAAUUAAUGGUGAAUCAAAGAACCCAACAAGACCACCACCACCCCAUGGAUUCUAGCCCCUACCAAAUGCCUUACCAAGCACCGGAGUCACUUCAAAACAUCAAACCCAACCCCAAAUGGGAUGUGUAUUCGUUUGGCAUUGUCUUGUUGGAGCUUCUCACUGGGAGGGUUUUCUCGGACCGGGAGUUGGACCAGUGGCCUGUCCCCGGUUCGGUUGAAGAGGAGAAAACCCGGUUCUUGAGGAUGGCUGACGUGGACAUCAAAUCUGAAAUGGAGGAAGGUAGAGAAAAUGUGAUCCUGGCGUGCUUCAAGUUGGGGCUUAAUUGUGCUUCUCUUGUACCACAAAAGAGACCCUCAAUGAAAGAGGCUCUACAAAUCUUGGACAAGAGCAUUCAUUCUUGA